AUGUCCGACCAGCAGCAGAAGACGACGACUCCGGUCGUUCCUGAGUCACAGCCUGCUACCAUCACUACUCCUGAGGCCCCUCAGCCUGCGUCUGCUGACUCUGCUACCGCUGCUGCUCCUACAACUACUACUACCACUACCACUAGUGACGCUAUCGCGGAAUCUCAGCCGGAGAUGACGACCGAGGAGAAGACGGCCGCGGAACCUGCUCAAAUACCCGCCGCCGCUACCGCUGCUGCUCCUUCUAUUCCUGCCACCACCAAAGCUCUCGUUACCGAAACUGCUCCCGCUCUGGAGGGAAAGAAUGAGGAGGAAGUAGCGAAGGAAGGACCUUCGAAGGAUGGAGUCGAAGAGGAAGAACCCAAGGAGGAGGCCAAGGAGGAACCUAAGGAAGAACCUAAGGAGGAGGCCAAGGAGGAGCAGCCUGCCCAACCGGAAUAUCUGGUCAAAACCCCCGCUCUGGCCCAGUUCUUCGAUCGCCUGCCUGCCAUUCUCUCUGCGACCGGCCAUGCUGAGAUGUGGGGAGUGGCCUUGAAGGACUCCAACGAUAUCCCCACGGUCAACGUACUCAUUAAAUUCUUGCGAGCCAACGAGGGCAAUGUCAAGCUGGCGGAGGAGCAGCUGACCAAGGCCCUGCAAUGGCGUAAGGGGAUGAACCCCGUCGCGCUGACUGAAGGUCAAUACAAUGCUGAGAAGUUUGGUGGUCUUGGCUAUGUGACCAAAUACACCGAGGCGAACGGCCAGGAGGUUGUUGUUACGUGGAAUAUCUAUGGAAGUGUCAAGAAUGUGGAAGCUACGUUUGGUGACUCAGAUGAGUUUAUCCGGUGGCGUGUGGCACUUAUGGAGCUGGCAGUCAAGGAUAUGAAGCUUGGCGAGGCUACGACCGUGAUUGACUAUGAGGGAGAGGAUCCCUACCAGAUGCUCCAGGUCCACGACUACUUGAACGUCAGCUUCCUCCGCUUGAACCCCAACAUCCGCGCAGCCACCAAGAAGACUAUUGAGGUGUUCGCCACCGCCUACCCCGAACUGCUGCGUGAGAAGUUCUUCGUCAACGUCCCUGCCAUUAUGGGCUGGAUGUUCGCCGCGAUGAAGGUUUUCCUCAGCAAGAACACUACGCGCAAGUUCCACCCCAUCUCCAACGGCGCCAAUCUGGCUCGGGAGUUCUCUGCUCUGAAGGAUCAGUUUCCUCACUCCUACGGCGGCACUGGUCCCGCCUUGCAGGAAAGUGGCUAUACCGUCAAGUUGGAACAGAGUGCUCCCGUUGCCGCCGCGGCUCCUGAGUCGAAGUCGGACGCAGAGGGCUCAAAGGAAAUUACAACCCCGGCUGAAGAAGUGCCCGCGGAGGCGCCCAGACAGGAGUCCUCGACAGUGGAGGCUGUCAAGGCGGACCCUACGGUGACGGCUCAGGAGACGUCCGCUGUGGGGGUGGCCAAAUGA